AAUAAAUGUCCGUUAACUACGUUACACAAACACGUAACUAAAAUAAGUUAUCCUAAGCGAAAAACGAAAACGGUGUGGUUCCACGUUGGGAUCGGGCAGGUCAUCGGGAGGCGGAACAAUAAUUUGGGGAGGACUUACAUCUAACAUCACCUAAAACCAGAGUGCCUGUCUUGCUUUCCAACGAAACCGAAGAAAACAGCGAAAUUUCUCCCCCAACAAAUGACGUUUGCGCACGUUUUGAUGACGUAGGGCACAGCUGAAGGAAUCAACACUAUUCACCCGCCAGAUUUUAGUUUAUAUAUAUAUAUAUAUUUAUAUAUAUAUGUAUAUGUAUUUGUAUAUCCAUAGCUAAAUACACACGCAUAUAUAUAUAUAUAUAUAUAUAUAUCUAUAUAUAUAUAUAUAUUAUAACUUAAGUAUGUACGGAGGUGAGGUACAUGCGUACAAGAAUAGUCUAGAUUAAAUUAUAUUGUCCCUUUAAUCAUCUUCCCCUAAAUUUAUCCUCAGCUUAAACGACAGUGGUAUCGCUCUAUUUCAUCAUCCCACACCAGAAAAGUUCAUUUUCAAAGAAUUGCAUUUAAAAAGAAAAAAAAUACCCUAGCAAAACAUCACAACACAAGCCGGAAAGAAUGCCUCCCAAAAUGAAGUUCAUUGAAGGUGAAAGGGUACUGUGCUAUCAUGGCCCUCUCUUGUACGAAGCAAAAUGUGUGAAGUCCGAGGUGAAGGAUAAAACAGUGCGGUAUUUCAUUCACUACAAUGGCUGGAAUAAAAACUGCCGUAACACAUGGAAGGAUUUAAAACUAGGUAUCAAAAAAACCAAAACGAAGAAAGAUAAAGAAAAGACUUUGCUGUUUCCAGGCGAUAAGACAAAGCAUAAGAGUGCAUUGCUGGGCGGAAAUUCCAGUGGUGGUCAAGGUGACGCAGGUAACUCUGGCAAUGUGGGUUCACUGCCCACUUCAUCACCGCUUGCUGGAUCUUCAACAUCCACGCCCACUGAACCGAAACGUAAACGAGCCAAGACAGAUCCUACUGUAGAAUCGGAGGAGGCAUUUCAAACGAAAAUAGAGGUGCAUGUGAAAGUACCAGAUGAUUUGAAAUUGUGGUUGGUUGAUGAUUGGGAUUUGAUGACCAAACAAAAGAAGCUGUUGAAGUUGCCAGCCCAACAUAAUAUUGAGACUAUUCUUGAAGAAUAUAUCCAGUUUAAAAUUACUAAGUCUAAUAACAAAGAUGCUGUUAAACUGGUCACCCAAGGAGUUAGAGAAUACUUCAAUACAACUAUAGGUACAUUACUGCUUUAUAAAUUUGAACGUCCUCAACACACUGAGCUUCUUGAAGCUCAUCCCGAUAUUCCGAUGUCUUCUAUUUAUGGUGCUACUCAUCUUUUACGACUUUUUGUCAAGAUUGGAGGGAUGCUUGCCUACACUUCACUUGAUGAAAAGAGUAUACAGUUGCUGUUAACCCACCUUCAUGAUUUUCUCAGGUUUGUUUUGUUUUUAAUUCUAUUUCUUUGUACAUAA